AUAAUGAGAACAAGUGAAUGGCGAACGGUAGAACAAUAAAACAAUACCAAUAAUGGUUGUGAAAAGACAGUGGUCAAUGGUGGUUAAUUCUUGUGAUUUACACACCAAAACAAUACAAUAAAUAAAAGAAGUGAACUGUUGUUAUCUUAUCUCACGAUGGUAACACGCUGCGUAUGCGUAAUGCUUUGCAGAGGUUGAGACCCAAAUUGAAAAACACUUAAAUCAAGUUGGCCAACAGCUGUUGUUCACUUUCCCUUUUCCCACCGUUUGCCCAGAAAUAAACCACAUUGAAUCGUUACCGUUUUUGGAUUUGGGAGCCUUUAAUUAGCAUCCAUUAAAAGUGUGUGAUGUAACUUUUAGAGGGUCUUUGAAUCUUUUGAAUUAUAUUUUACCAUGUUGUGAACGUGGUUGUUGUCUUAUCAGGUUGUUAGGUUGCUUGGUUUUCCCUCCAAUAAGCCCUCUUGGAUAAGAUAAAUAGUUCAAGCAAACAGUUUAUAAACAGAAUAUUUCAUAUGUAAACGAAUAUUUCGCAGUUUUGUAACACAAGAAUGUGCCAUUUUAUUUCCAAAAUCCCAAUUUAACAAUCAAUUUUUAGAUAACAAUUAUAAAAUAUUCUAAAAAUGCAUAGAGGUGCAUUUCAAUAGUUUUGUUUUAUUAAGAACCACGUACAAAAUUUGAUUCAUUAAAAAUACUCAGUUCUUUAAUAAUAAUAAUAUCCAGAAUGCACAAACAUUCCGUCAAUAACGAAAAAUAAACGCGCAACAUUUGCGAAAAAGUCCCCGUGGGCAAUGUUUUUUGUGAAAGGAGAGAAUUAAAUGGCAAAACCAUUUAAAGCUUCAGAUAAUCGGUUUGCAUUCAUGAACAGGCCUAAUUAAAUUCAAUUGAAUUAAGCUGAACAGAGUUGAACAAUUAAAACGCAAACACAAUUAAACCAAAUGAAUCGAGUGAAGAUGGAAAUGAUGGAAAAUAGUGCAAAGAAAAAAUUGGAAUGAAAACACAAUUGAAACAGAUACGAAAAUUAAAUAUAUUUAUUGUUUACACUCAUCUCAAAGCUUUUGUUCUGCCUCCAGUGAAAGCCGCAUAAUUCAUUUGCCAAAACAACCACACCAAAAAGUAAAUAAAUAAAUAUCGAAGUGAACGUGAUACGUCCUCAACCCAAUUAGGAGUUAAAUAUAUAAAUAGAAGCUGUCCAAAAAUGCGUCGCAACAUCAAAUUGAUCGUGUUCGUGAGCAUCAUAUGGAUGUUCGUGAUGGUCUACUAUUUCCAAUCCAGUACGGAAAAGGUGGAAAAUCGAGCGCUGCGGCUACGUGAGGUGGCCACCGCCAUGCAGCAGUACCAGGACGACUCCUCCUCGGCGGCCGCAGCCUCCACCGCCCGCCAGUGGGCGCCAGCCGGCGGUGGAGCAGGAGGGGGGGGAGCGGGGGCGGCGGCAGGAGCAGCUGGCAGCGGGGCCGACGAUCCCGGCGGCAAUGUCAUUCUAAUCGGGUCUGUCAAGGACUUCGAGCGCAAUGCGGUCCACGGCCUCAAGUUGCAUGGAAUCGUGGCUCUGGAGGAGACAUCGCAGGGUCUUACUGGUGGAACAGGUGGACCUGGUGGUCGAUUACCAGUGGCUCCCAGUGGACGUGGCACCGAAGUGGAGUACUUCAAUGAGGCGGGCUACAUUCGAGCAGGAGCCCUGCGGAAUGGUGAAGAUCCUUAUAUCAGAAAUCGAUUCAAUCAGGAGGCCAGCGAUGCUCUGCCCAGCAAUCGGGACAUACCCGACACUAGAAAUCCCAUGUGCCGAACCAAGAAAUAUCGCGAAGACUUGCCCGAGACGAGUGUCAUUAUCACCUUCCACAACGAGGCGAGGUCCACUUUACUUCGCACCAUCGUGAGUGUCCUUAAUCGCAGUCCCGAGCACUUGAUUCGCGAGAUCGUCCUCGUGGAUGACUACAGUGAUCAUCCUGAGGAUGGUCUGGAGCUGGCGAAGAUCGACAAGGUGCGGGUGAUCCGCAACGAGAAGCGCGAGGGUCUGGUGAGGUCAAGGGUCAAGGGCGCGGACGCGGCGGUGAGCAGUGUCCUGACCUUCCUGGACAGCCACGUGGAGUGCAACGAGCUGUGGCUGGAACCGCUGCUGGAACGCGUUCGCGAGGAUCCCAGCCGCGUGGUCUGUCCCGUGAUCGACGUGAUCAGCAUGGACAACUUCCAGUACAUCGGAGCCUCGGCCGACUUGCGCGGCGGCUUCGACUGGAAUCUGAUCUUCAAGUGGGAGUACCUCAGUCCCUCGGAGCGGGCGAUGCGGCACAAUGACCCCACCACGGCCAUCAGAACGCCAAUGAUUGCCGGCGGCCUGUUCGUCAUCGACAAGGCCUACUUCAACAAGCUGGGCAAGUACGACAUGAAAAUGGACGUGUGGGGCGGCGAGAACCUGGAGAUCUCGUUCCGCGUGUGGCAGUGCGGCGGCAGCCUGGAAAUCAUACCCUGCAGCCGCGUGGGUCACGUCUUCCGCAAACGGCAUCCGUACACCUUCCCCGGCGGAAGCGGCAACGUCUUCGCCCGGAAUACGCGACGUGCCGCGGAGGUCUGGAUGGAUGACUACAAGCAGCAUUACUACAACGCCGUGCCCCUCGCCAAGAACAUUCCCUUCGGCAACAUUGAUGACCGUCUGGCUUUGAAGGAGAAAUUGCAUUGCAAGCCUUUCAAAUGGUAUCUGGAGAAUGUCUAUCCCGACCUGCAGGCCCCCGACCCACAGGAGGUUGGCCAAUUCCGACAGGAUGGCACCGAGUGCUUGGACACGAUGGGCCACUUAAUCGACGGCACCGUGGGAAUCUUUCCGUGCCACAACACGGGCGGCAAUCAGGAGUGGGCCUUCUCGAAGCGUGGCGAGAUCAAGCACGAUGACCUCUGCCUGACCCUGGUGACCUUCGCGCGGGGGUCGCAGGUGGUGCUGAAGGCGUGCGACGAUUCCGAGAACCAGCGGUGGAUCAUGCGGGAGGGCGGCCUGGUGCGGCACUACAAGAUCAACGUGUGCCUGGACUCCAGGGAUCAGACGCAGCAGGGCGUGAGUGCCCAGCACUGCAAUUCGGCCUUGGGAACGCAGCGCUGGUCCUUCGGGAAGGACGCGUGAGGAAGAGGUCUUGGCUUUGGACUGAACUAAAGGAGAACUAAAGCGCAGAUCGGUCGUGAUAUAUGUGCAAGUUGAUGGGAGGAAGCCUACCUAACGCGAUGCGGAUUGUAUGUGUACUGUACUGUGUACUUGUAAUGAUUUAUCCAUGUUGAUUUGUUGCUGAACGGAAGACACUCAAACACCCAUUAUAUAUUAACUGCAUAUAUAUAUAUAUAUAUAUAUGGAAUAAGUUCAACCCUAGUUUAAAUUCCAAUCAACUACUCCCGGGGGGUUAAAGUUAAACGCUACCUAAACAAAAAACCAACAUUAAGGGCAUACAAAAAAUGUACUUAGACUGAUUAAUUUUUUGUAUAUGUAUAAAAAAUAUAUGAAAAUGAAAUAAUGCUAUAACAUAUAUAACCUUUGGCAGCUGAUACAAAAAAAAAAUGAAAAUGAACUGUAACUAAUUUGCAUUCUCACACAGCACACAUUCAUUCAAGUCAAUUAAGAUCUAUACGAACAUGCCACAAAUUAGUACCCACAUAUGGUCCGUUUCAAACACUUAGAUACCCAAGCUCAGAGUCUUCUCAACCUUGUACUUAAAAUAAAACAUGAAAUGUUAUCAUUAGUUCUAAUUAUACACCUAAGUGAAAUCAUUUAAAAUCAUUGACAACUAUAUGGAAUAUGUAUGUGUAUAUAUUGAGAAAAAAAUAUUAUUAUAUUAUCGAUGGCCAAAAAAGUGAACAUAGGCAAAGCGGAAAAAGUGAAUUGCCUGUUGUGUUUCACCAUCAAUUGGUUGUUAUUUCGAUUGCAUAAAUCAUUUUAGGUUUUCAAAGGAAAAUGUAUUUGUUUUUUAUCACAGACAGACAACCGAAUCGAAUUGUGAGCAUAUUUUUUCACAUAAAUUACUUUUUAUUUGAAUUGCUGGCAAAACGCGAAUGAUUUAAAAUCCAUAUGGAAAAACAAACCAAAUAUUGUAUAUUUGUUUGGAUACUCAAAAAAAGUAAUGAACGAUUAAAAGUGAAUUUUUAAUUUAAAUCAACUAGAGAGGCAACAAAAAACGAAAACAAUAAAUGGAAAC